CUUAGGGGGGAUAAACAUGCCAAAACACUUCCGGUUUUUGGUUCAUCAACAUUUAAAUGUGCACAAUUGCACUUGUCAUUUCUCUUCAUUUAUAGUUUCACUGAAGUUAAACUUUCAACUGCCCAGAAUCACUUUUUUUGUGUGUAGUAUAGCAGGUUAAUAUGCAUGCUAAGCAGUGUGUAUCAGUUGUUAAGGAACAGCUACAGUGAAACUGUUUCUUCUCAUCUGAUUUACUUAAUGAAUCGAUCUCAUUUUGAAAGAGAGGACGUUUUAACUGCAGUUUAUGUUAUGUAUACUUCAUAUACACGGCAUCAAUGAUCAGCAGUUUGGGAUUUUCAGAAAUUUCAGGUUGACUAUCAAGAAAUGAAGGUUAGGACAUCAUACGCUGAACUGCGAAAUCUUCUCCAAGGGCUGAGCUUCUGUGUCAAAUACUGCUGUAAGCGUAACCAUCUUCAAACAAUACAUCUUUACAGUAAAAUAAGACCCAAAAAAAGCCACAUCCUGGACUGUUCAGGAAAUACAUGCACACACAGGACUGUGCCACCUGGAAGCAUCCUGCUGUGGAGAUUCUUUUCUUGCAAGCAGGAAGGAACAAAAAUCCCUUCCAAAAGGAAGCAAAAUACAGCCAUAACAACAUCAGAGCUUUUGUACAAGAAUCUUCUGAAAUCAGAGCAGGAAAACUGGAAUGACAUUUCAGCGAGAUACAAAGAUAUGACAGAAAGAAUCAAGGAAAAAUUAGAAGAAUUACACAACAAGUAUAUGUUCAAUUCAGAAAGCCCAAGGAUCAGGUUUGGAGAGAAUGUGUACUUUGAAGAGAAUGGCUGCAUAUUUCUUUCGAAAGCACAUGAUGUAGAUGAAGGAAAUAUUGACAUUUUAUUCAGUACGGAAGAUCUUGGCUUUUCUGAUGCUUUUAUUCAACGGAUCAGAAUUUCACCAGAUCAGAGAUACAUGGCCAUCGGCUUAAAAAGUGAAAAUUCUGAAGAGGCAAUCUGUGUUAUUAUGAAACUUGGUCAUUUUCCAGUCAUGGAAAAAGUAAUUCCAAGUGUAUUUAGUUUUGAAUGGGCUACAAAUGAUGUUCUGUAUUACACAAGUCAGAAGAACCUUAAAUGCCAGAAUGUGUUUAUGACCACUUUCACUAAUCAGAAACAUACUAAGUUAGUUUAUACAGAGCAAGAUGCAAGAUUCUUUGUGGACAUAUAUUGCACAAAAGAUAGACGUUUUCUCACUAUCAACAGCAACAGCAAGACAACCUCGGAAGUUUGGCUGGUUGACUGUAGACAACCUUUUAAGUUACCUGCUCUUGUACAAGCACGAACAAAAGGGGUAAUUUACCAUGUUGAGCACAGAAAUGACGAGUUAUAUAUUCUUACUACAUAUGGAGAACCUGCAGAAUAUAAGUUGAUGAAGGCACCAGUAGCUUCUAGUGGCAUGGAGAACUGGCAGUUAGUUUAUGCACUGGAAAAGAAAACCAAGCUAGUGGACUUGGAGAUGUUCAGUGAUCACUGUGUUAUGUUCCUGAAGAUUGCUGGUCAUCUUUACUUAAAUGUGGUUUCUUUUGUUUCACAUUCAGUUCAGUCAAUAAAGCUACCUACGUGGGCCUGUGAAUUUGAAUUGGAAUCUCAUCCUGAACAUACCACCAGUACUUGCUAUUUUCAGCUCACCUCUCCAGUACACCCCCCUAAGCGUUUUGCAUAUUCAUUUAAAGGAAAUAAUCUCAUUGAACAAGCUGUGCAAGAGGUACCAAUUAUUACGAAUUGUCACACUACACGUUUACUAGCUAAAAGCAAGGAUGAAACUUCGGUGCCAAUUACAGUUUUUCAUAAUAUGAAUUCUAAAGAGCUACACAGGAAACCACUUCUAGUUCAUGUAUAUGGAGCUUAUGGCAUAGAUUUCAACAUGGGCUUUAAAGAAGAGAAGCUGAUGUUAAUUGAAGAGGGUUGGGUAUUAGCAUACUGCCAUGUUAGGGGUGGAGGAGAACUAGGCCUUAGCUGGCACAAAGAUGGAUGUCAGCGUAAUAAACUCAAAGGUCUCCAUGACCUUAAGGCUUGCAUCAUGCUGCUGCAUGAACUGGGAUUUUCUCAGCCAAAAUACACAGCACUAGCAGCUGCCAGUGCAGGAGGAGUUCUUGCAGGAGCCCUGUGCAACACUGAUCCAGAACUUAUCAGAGCCAUGGUUUUACAGGCUCCUUUUGUAGAUGUUCUAAAUACAAUGAUGAAAACACAUCUCCCACUGACAAUUGAAGAACAGGAAGAAUGGGGAAAUCCAUUAGCAGAUGAAAAAUGUAUGAAAUAUAUCAAAAGCUAUUGUCCAUACCAGAAUAUUAAGACACAGUGUUAUCCUUCAGUUUUUAUCACGGCGUAUGAAAAUGAUCAGCGGAUACCACUGACAGGAGUUUUACGAUAUGUUCAGAAACUUAGGAAGGCUGCACUAGAUCAUGCCAGCAGAACAAGUAAGAAAGUGACUGCUAGCUUCAUUGUUCCAGGAAAUUGGAGCCCUAAUAUCAUUUUAGACAUCCGAGCAAAUGGCAGUCAUUGUGACUCAUCUUGGGAGGAUUCACUGCAAGAGGUUGCAAGACACCUUGCUUUUCUGAACAAAGAACUGGAGGAAGUAUGUCAUUUCCAGCAUCAUAGCAAAUCCUGCAAAUAGCUAAUAAACACCUUGAAGAACUUCAA